UGAAGGCUAGACAAAAUAGAAAAUCGUACACUGUUCAUUGAAUUCUCUCAGAACAACAAGAUUAAAUUCAAAAACCCAGGUCUCUUUCAUCUAUCAGAGAUACACAAAAUAGAAAGAGGAGGAGUUAAGUUAUCUAGGGGUUUUUGAAGUAAAAGCUUAGGGAUUUUGAUGAAAUGGAGAAACCAGCAGCUGAAAGGAAAUAUCAUUUCUUCAAUAUCUUGCAUGAAGAAGAAGAACAAAACAGAAGAUUGAGGAAAGGUCCUGGGUCAAGUUCAAGCGAACCCCUUGAUGCAAAAUAAGAUUGCUGAACUAGCAGCUGAAGAAGAACAAAACAGAAGAUUGCGCAUUCCAUGUGAAAAUUCAACGAUUAAAAAGGAAAGCUCUUCUACUCAAGAGAAGUUUGCUGCAGCAGGAGCAGUCCCGAGGGAAGUAAGGUCUUUCAGUUCUCCUUUUCCUUUCUUCUGGACCUCUAUGAACCCCACCGGCGUUGGAGCGAGGUUUCGUAUGACAAUACCACUUCAAUUUGCAAGAGAUCAUCUUCUAGCUGAGGUAACAAAUGCAGAUCGUGAAUUGAAUGUCUUGCUGCAAAAUGAGGAAGGUCUCAGUUGGGAGGUUCUUGUCAGAGCAAAUGGACAUUCAUACACAUUCUAUACAGGCUGGAAAGACUUUGCGACCGAGAACAAGCUGGAAAUUGGUGAUUGUAUGAUUUUUGAACUCAUUGAUAGACUUCCAGAUUCAACCUUCGCAAUGAGCUUCCAUAUCUGUCGUAAUCCAGUUCCUGUUCCAUCUCUCCCUGCGCAAAAAAGUAAUGUACCAGAGAAAGAAUGUUUCACUCAUCUACCUUCUUCUCGGCUUGCACGAGAAAUAAAAAGACGUGGAAGGGCAUAUGAAAAUUUGAUGAUAAGAGAGGGAGGAUCUGAUAAUCACGGAGUGUGCUUCAGCAAUAGCUGUCCAGAUGAAAGUUGAAUCUUUCAGUUCCCCCUUUCCUUUCUUCUGGAUCUCUGUGAAGCCCUCCAAUGUUCACCGUACUAAUAUACCGGUUACAUUUGCAUGAGAACAUCUUCCAACUAAUAUGAAAAGUGGGGAAGCAAAAAUGGAUGUCUUGCUACAAAAUGUGGAAGGCUGCAGUUGGGAGCUUCAUCUCUGUUCAAGGGGAUUUGCAAAGUACUAUUUCAGUAAAGGCUGGAGAACGUUUGCCAAGGAGAACAAGCUAAAUAUUGGUGAUUGUGUGGUUUUUGAACUCAUUGAUAGACAUCCAGGUGGGACGCUUGUAAUGAACUUCCAUAUCUAUCAAUCUCCUGUCUUGGUAGAGGACGAUUUGGAUGAUGAAUGAAGCGGCUCUUCAUCCUGUGAUAUGAAACAUUAUACGGAACUACUUUGCUGCUUCAGAACACAUACAGAAACAAAUGUAAUAUUAUGGGAUUCAUAUAUUUGCUUAUUUACUUGUUUAUUCAGGUAACUAAUAUGCCGUUAGGCACAUAUUUGCUGCAGAUUAUUAUCCAGUACGAGUAAUUAAUAGUUGUCCCGUUUGUACAUGACAUCCAUUCCAAAGACCUGAUAAGUGGAGUCAAUUUUUCUUUGAGUGAUCAAGGAUGAAUUCUUCGAUGGAUGGAAUCAAUUUGAUACAACAAGCACAUAGACAAGCAAUUAAGAAACGGAGUUGGAGAUCAGUCCUGGAUGCAUUAUUUAUGGGUGCGUCACAAGAACUUUAAAUUGAUGAUCAUGGAGAGUACAAGCAGUUGUUAUUGGGAACUCAAGAUACGGCGUUGCUUUUUUUCUUCUUCUUUUUCUUAAUGUUUUUAAAUUUUGUUAAAAGA